AUGGGUGUCAAGUCAUUGUGGACCCUUUUGACCCCUGUUGGGAGGCCCGUCCAGCUUGAAAAUGUUGAAGGGAAGGCCAUGGCAAUCGACUCAAGUAUCUGGAUCUAUCAAUUCCAGGCCACCAUGCGCGACAAAGAAGGACGGGGUUUGGUCAACGCACAUGUCUUGGGCUUUCUGCGCCGAAUAACCAAAUUGCUAUUUUAUGGCAUCAAGCCGGUCUUCGUAUUCGACGGCGGUGCACCCGCCCUGAAAAGAACAACCCUGAAUGAGCGAAAGAAGAAGAAAUCAGGAGCUGCAUCCAGCCAUGCUAAACUUGCAGAGAAGCUUCUAGCUGCACAAAUGAGGAGAGAGGCGCUGAAUCACGCUCAGGAUACACGAGUUACGCGUACGGCAUCGAAGGGAAAAGAACGUGCCCCACCUCUUGAUGACAAUACAGUCUAUUUGGAAGAUAUUGACGGCUCGUAUCCCAAGACACCGGUCAAGCCGAAACCACCUACCCCCUCCAGUUCAUUCAAGAACAAAUUUCAUGAUCAUGAUCCAUAUCGAUUACCAGAAGUCGAUCUAGAAGAAGCGGUCCAUAAAGCCACCCGUUCCGCUGCUCCAGAUCAUCGACUCGCCACGGAAGAUGAGUUGCGAAAUUUCAUAGAAGAGAUGCGGCCAGAAGAUUUUGAUAUUACCUCCCCCGCCUUCCGCGAAUUGCCCACUGAAGUUCAAUACGAAAUCAUUGGCGAUUUGCGGUUGAAAUCUCGACAGACGUCCUAUGCGCGCCUACAGAAGAUGCUUCAGACCUCUCGUACCCCACUCGAUUUUUCUAAGCAGCAGAUUCAAAACCUUCGGCAACGUAACGCUCUUACUCAGCAACUGCUAACGACGACCGACUCUAUCGGUAGUGCUCACAUAGCUAUUCCUAUACGAAUUGCCAGUGAGCGCAACAAGGAGUAUGUCUUGGUCAAGAACGAAGGUGAAGAUGGUGGUUGGAUUCUCGGAAUCAAGGACACAGGCACCCGUGAAAAACCCAUUGUCCUUGAUCAUGAAGAAGAAUGGAAACAAGACGAGGACGAAGACAGCGACGCUGAAAUGGAAGAGGUCGAAGUUCCUAUCCCUGCUCCUCCAGAUCCCGACUUGCGGGAAUACCAACGUGAAAUGGCAUUGUCGGGUAUUACGAAGAGGAGUGCAAAAUCCAUUAAUCGCAAAACGAAACCGAACCUACCCUUUCACUAUGACGAGGACGACGAUGUGCCAAUAUCGAUGGAAGCGGGCAGAGAUUAUGACGAUGACGAUUUAGUUGCGUUUGCCGUCCAGGAAUCUAUGGAUCAACCUACAGCAACGAAGCCAGUCUCGGCGUCUCGUCCAAGCCAAAUAUCGACCAGAUCUUUGUCAUCACCUCGAGCUUACGAAAGCUUAUCGGACGACGAUUUCUACGUCGAUAAACAGCCAACACGUCUGGAGACAGCUCUUUCUAUAGCUAAUGCUGGCCCAAGUCGGCCACAUUCUACUCCUUCUAAACAAGUUGUCACAUCUUCACUUUUUGGUGCACCUUCAUUGUUAUCUUCAAUCAAGAAAACUGGCGUGCUGCCGAAGGAUUUGGAUGACGAUUUGGAAGAAGUUAAUUCUCGAAUUCCUCCUGCGUCAUCGGAGGUCGCGAGGGAAAAGAAUCUUUUGGCAUACUCUACUGUUGUGCCAGAAGUGAGAGGCGAUGGUACUGACACCGAAGCGGGGGCGCAAAUACGACCACUGCACUUGACGCCUGCUACUGCUAUCCCUCCGGAGGCGAUUUUGCAAAGUUCUCAGUUAGCCGAGUCGCCGCCAUCCCUGCCUGGGACCAUUGUAGAAGAUGUGAACCCAACAUCGCGAUCACCCUCUCCACUACCGUUAACUGAUUCAGACGAUGACAUAGAAGAAAUUGAAUUACCUAUUGUUCCUGAAUCCAUCCAACAGAAACCACCUUCUCCGACCAUAUCUGCGCAACAACCCAAACUAUCGGAACCGUCACUGCAGGAACACGUCCCAACGAAUGGUCUGCCAGCAUCGGACGGGGUCGUCGAAUACGCCGAAGAAACGCUUUUCGCGUGGUCAAGGACUCCUACUCCGACUCCGGUGCGAGAAAUAUAUAAUUCACGACCCCCAUCGCCGGCCGCGAGAGAGGAAGAUGACUGGGACGCAGCUCAAGAGAUGGACGUUCAGGCCGAAGAGGGAGAAUUCGCUCGGUUUGUCUCGCAGGUGAAAGGCAGAAAUAUGGACGAAGUCAGGAAGGAGAUCGACGACGAGAUCAAGCAGCUCAAUCUGCAGAGGAAGGCUGCGAUGCGAGACUCGGAGGAUAUCACUCAACAGAUGAUUGCACAAAUUAUGACCAUGUUGCGCUUUUUCGGAAUUCCUUACAUUACUGCACCGAUGGAGGCUGAAGCCCAGUGUGCUGAGCUCGUGUCCCUGGGAUUGGUGGACGGGGUCAUCACGGACGAUUCGGAUGUGUUUCUCUUUGGAGCACAGCGCGUCUUCAAGAAUAUGUUCAAUCAAUCUAAGACAGUAGAAUGCUUCUUGCUCUCUGACUUGUCAAGAGAGUUAGGGCUAGAGAGGGAUACCCUCAUCCAACUUGCAUAUCUUCUCGGUAGCGACUACACUGAAGGCCUGCCUGGCGUUGGGCCUGUUGUUGCAAUGGAGCUCUUGAAAGAGUUUCCUGGUCGUAAUGGUCUUUUCAAGUUCAAGGACUGGUGGACGAAGGUUCAGUCGGGCAAAGACACCGAGAGCGACAACCAGUCGAAAUUUCGUAAGCAAUUUAAAAAGAAAUUUAAAGAUCUCUAUCUCGCGAAUGAUUGGCCUAAUUCCAUCGUGAGAGAUGCGUACUAUCAUCCAGCCGUUGAUUCUUCGGAAGAGCCAUUCAAGUGGGGAAUGCCUGACCUCGAUGGCCUCCGGGAAUUUUUGCACCAAGAACUCGGAUGGCAACGUUCCAAGGUCGAUGACUUACUUUUGCCCAUCAUCCAAAAGAUGAACAAACGUCAACAGGCUGCAGCCUUGAAUCGUCAGGGUGACCUUAAUAACUAUCUGGAUAUCUCUGCUGGAAGCGGUACUCAUGCACCACGACAGCGUCAAGCCUAUGCUAGCAAACGUCUUCAGCAAGUUAUCUCAGACUUUAGGGUCCGUCAGAGGAGUGGCUCUUCAACACCAGCUCCAAGCGGAAGUCCGAGCCCCCAUGAGAGCAAGAACGGUGAUAGUAACGCUAGCGAUGUUGAAGAACCUCCUACCAAGAAGCGAAAAAAAUCUGCCGCAGGGAAAGGUAGCACGAAAGGCACGGCCAAGACUCAGAGUACCGCUUCUCAAAGCAAACAAGGAAAGGCCUCUUCACGAGGUGGCCGAAGGCGUAGAAGCAAUCGCAAACCUACAAGCGAAGACGACUUCCUUCCGUCCAAUGAUAGGGAUGCCGCAGGGAAAACCGAGCCUUCGACUUCAGUUGGGAUAGAAGGGGGUUCGAGACCCAGACCCAAGCCCCGACCGAUCCCCAAAGCAGGGAAUAAUGCGAGCAGCCAUGAUACACCGUACAAUGGCAACGCACGAGACGUGCCUAACCAGCAGCCGGUCCCCGAAGAAGAGGGUCCCCUCUCCUAA